AUGGUCGUGGGUGUCUUCUUGCAAGUAGCCAACGGAGGCGCGACGGACCCGUGGAUGGUCUCGGUACUCGACGGGAUGGAAGCUGUCACGCCGGCCGCACCGACGACGAUGAGCCUUGGUUCAUACUCGAACCUGGUGAACACCAACGCCGUCCGCCUCUACAACUACCCGGGUAGUCUCACCACCCCUGGUUGCGACGAGAUCGUCGACUGGUGGGUGGUGGAGCAGCCCAUGUCGAUCUCGUCGGCGGACUUCACGCGCCUGCAAACGUAG